GCGGUGACAAAGCUGCGGAUGUUUCGUAACGAAUUAUUUAAUUGUGUGUUCUAUGAAAGCUGAACAGUAGUGAUUGUUCUUCGAUUGGAACCAGCAGCGGGCGGCCUCAACCCGCUGUAAUCCGAGGCUAAGAUGGCUUCGACUGUGGCCAACAGAGCAAUGGGAGCCAUCAUAGGAUCCGCUGUUGCAGAUGCAGCAGCGCAGCCCCUGCACUGGGUGUACGACCUCCAAAAGCUGAAGGCGAUUCUGGAUGAGAAUCCAAACCCGGAGUUUCGUUCUGAGUCUGCAAACCCUUUCUACAGAAGGCAGACGGGCCAGCAGAGCUGCUACGGAGACCAGGCGUACGUCCUCCUGGAGUCCCUGUCUGAAUGUGGAGGGCUGAAUGUUAAGGAUCUGACGCAGCGCGUGCUGAAAUUCUUUGGUCCGGGAUCAGAGUACGACACGCCUGUCAACGAUCCGUACAGACAGAAAGGAGGACCCAGGCCUCAGCUGCCGAUUGAUGGACCGUGGAGACAGGGAAGUCUGAAGGGCUUUCUGAAGAAUGUGGAUGCAGGCAAAGAGGAGACAGGCUGUGAGACUGACUGUCAGAUUGAUGGAAUAGCCAAGCUGGCGCCCAUCGUGGCUUUUUACGCCGGACAGCCGGACAUGCUGGAAAAAGUGGAACUGGCCACCCGAGUCACCCAGAAUAACGACGAAUGUGUGGCAGAGACGCUGGCUGCAGCGAGGUUCCUGGAGCAUUUCAUCCUGAACGGUCCCGACCCCAAUGCUUUGGACGUCGUGCUCGGUCAGCUGAAUGACCCAAACAGAAAGCAGCCGCAGGAUCUGGACAGAGCAGUCAUUGCACACCUCCAUCAGGUGAAGGAGAAUUUAUCCAAGACUCCACAGCAAGUGAUCCCCACCGUCUUUCCAAACACAUGAGGUUUGCCAGGUGCGUUCCAAGCAGCGCUGCACGGAGUCCUGACGGCCAGCCGGUACGAGUCGGCCGUCAGAGACACCAUGAGCUGCGGCGGAUGCACCUGCAGCAGAGGAUCCUUCAUAGGAGCGUGUCUUGGGGCUCAGGUUGGGCUGGAGGCAAUUCCAACUUCCUGGACAUCCAAAACCCUGCGCUUCAACUCGGUGUUGGAGCACGCCAAGAAGAUAACUACACACCUGUAGUUCGUGUGCUCUAAUGAGCCAGAACAUCAUGAAACACUGUUGAGCUUCUCCAGAGCAGUAAAUGAAGGGUCUUGUCUAAACUUUUGGGUGACAGGAGCCAGAUGUGUUUGUCUCUGUUCAAGUUUGAAAUGUUGUUUCAGAUGUUCUGCAGCAUGAAAUUCAUUAAAAAGCAGCAAUAU